AAAGACAGCACGUUAUUAAUUUUAUUCUGAAUUAUCUAAAUAAUUGUAGCGAAGUGGGGAAGAUAUUUCCAGACGGACUUUCCUUCAGUCCCUAAGAUGCCGCCUGUCAGAUUGAAUCCAGUGGGAUAAACUGUCUCUGCUUAUAAAGUGUUUUGUUAGCUGAGGAUGUGGAGUUCAGGAUCUUCUCUGAGGACCAGGCUGGUAGCAAAGACCGCCUCUAAACUCUGCUCCAGCAAACCUCCGGAUCCUCCCCGGACGCUCCCCUCUGCUCAGCCGCGACCCCGAGCCGAGAAACACAGACGCAGGCGACAGAAGGAGGACAGCAUCCUGUCAGCUCCUCAUCAUGGAACUGAAUCUCAAGCAUUGAAGUGGAGUGAAAAACAGAAGAUUGAGUACACGGCUCAGACCCCUGCUGGGACUAAAAAAGAUACAAGCCUUCCUCUCCCACCUUCCUACAGUCCAGAAUAUGUGGAGUCCUGCUGGUAUCAGUGGUGGGAGAAAGAGGGAUUUUUCAAUCCGGAUCAACAUGAGAGGUUGCCUCACGGCAUCGAUCAGACGUUUUCUCUGUGUAUUCCUCCUCCAAACGUGACGGGGACUCUGCAUGUGGGCCAUGCCUUGACUGUGGCUGUGCAGGACGCCCUGGUUCGACGGAGAAGGAUGCAGGGUUACAGAACUCUGUGGGUUCCUGGAUGUGAUCACGCAGGCAUCGCAACUCAGACGGUGGUGGAGAGGAGACUUCUGAGAGAAAAAGGAAAACACAGACAAGAUUUUACCAGAGAGGAAUUUUUACAGGAAGUCUGGAACUGGAAAAAUGAAAAAGGAGAGGAGAUUUAUCACCAGCUGAGGAAGCUCGGGGCUUCUCUGGACUGGAGCAGAGCCUGCUUUACUAUGGAUCCAGUGAGUUUCUGGUCACAGAUUUACUUCCCCUGAUGUCUCAUAUUCUUCUGCGUUUUAAACAUGUUUUGAUGUCUGCUGUGUGCUUUUCAGAUGGUUAUAAUGAAAAUUAGAUGGAUUUUAGAUGAUUUCUAGAGAUUAAACCAACACGAGUUGUUGUUACAGGUCUAUGACACUCAGGGCCUGAUCUUCAGAAGGUUUGCAUGG